CCUCUGUUCGUGUCCUUAGCUUCCACAACCUUUUGGCUUCCUUGCAAGCAUUGUCGGUCUCCUUUGGGCUUGGCGGAGUGGCAGUAGCAGGGGAAUUGAGAGAGAGAUUUGCCAUUUGCCCAUGCUUUCCCCUGGCCUUCCCACUUCUCUCUCUCUCUCUCUCACCUCUCACCCCAGUCCACCCACUCGGCCCACAUCCCCCCCGUCCACAUGCGCGCUCUCACUCUCUCUCUUGCCCACUCUUCCAGCCUGUGUCUCUCUCGCUGGUGUUUCGACCUUCCAACUCAAGAGACAAGCUGUCCUUGCCUUUCUCCCUUCCUCCCUCCCACGUCCCCAUGUCCGGGGGGCGUGGGUGGAUGGAAAAAGAUGAUCCACAAGUACUUUGUUCUUCACCUUGCUCCCCUUCUCCUCGUACGGGGACGGGGAUGAGCCACGGGGUACCGUAUCGUCGUGUGUGCGUGUGUGGGAUGUUGCUCUCGCCGUCGCUGUCUCUGGCAUCCCAUCCCGUCCCAUCCCAUCCCGCCUCGUCUGCCUUUUUUCCCUUAAUCCUGCCUCAUCCCCGUUCCGCUGUGCUGCCCGGGUCAUAGUCGUCUGUUCUCAUCUGUAAAUGGCACGACGGUCGACUGCUUCUUCGCUUUUGCCGUAAACACCAUCCAUCAUCUCUGUUGCUCAGGGAAUCUUUUUUUCCCCUUUCUUCCACACUCCCUCCAAACCCCCUCUUCGCCAUCCCGCAGCUCUCCGACAGGGGUUCCUCGUACUUUGCCCGGUGCCUCGGACACUCUAUCAUCCAUCCAACAUCCAAUCCAGCCUUGUCAUCCAGUGGCGGAAGAGCGUCGUCGACACGUAAAAUACCGCAGUGCCCGUCCACUCUCGAACGGUCUACUUCCCUCUCCUCCAGCGCAUCACCACUCUCACUUUCCACUCUUCACUCUCGCUCCCUGCUCUGGCUUCGAGACCUUUUGCUGCUGCUUCGUCGAUUCGACCUUUUUUGGACUUUGUUGUACUGGCCAAUUUGAGUUGGGUUGAAUAGUCGGUGUUCCGGUUGCCAUUGUUGCUGCUGUUGUUGUUGACUUUUGUCGAUUGCACCUUCCUGCUGCGCUGCACUGUACUGGCACCUUUCUGUCCCUGUCCGUACCACACAUUCGGCUCGUGGUGUCGUCGCCUUUCGCAUCUCGGAUCGCGCUCUCGACGAACUCAUCAUCAUCAACAUCCACCACCGAACACGUCCCUAAUCCAUCGUCGUCUUUCUUCUCGACGACCACUCCGUUUGUUGUUUGAUUCAACACCGCCCUUCGCAACCAUGGAUCGCGAUACCCGAAUCAUCACCCCUCGCGAGGUCGAGGGUAUGAUUGCCGAUGGACGCACCGUCGUCAUCCUCGACGAGAUGGUGCUGCGCCUCGACGGCUGGCUCGACAAGCACCCGGGCGGCAAGUUGGCCAUCAUGCACAUGAUUGGAAGGGAUGCGACGGACGAAAUCAAGGUCUAUCAUUCGUCUGCCACGCUUAAGACCAUGAAGGCCUUUCGGAUCGGCCGGAAACCUGCGGGUCCCUGGGUCAACAUGACACCACCAAUUAGGGGCGGCGUCUACGUCAAGCAAGAUACGACGCCUGCACCUGGUGCAUCGACCCCGGAUGUCACGGACGCUGCCGCUGCCGCCUCCAUCGCGGAUUCCUCGUCCGAUCUCGAUGAGGAUGACUCCACCGACGAUGCCGCCUCGGAGCUUUCCGCCAGGAGCUCCCGCACCUCCUUGACUUCUGAGUGCAGCAGCGCCGAGGUCGAUGGCAAGACCAAGCCCGCCGCCGCGGCGCCCGAGAUCGAGACGGGCAUCCGUAGACGUCUCGCGGCACCCGUCGACUCGGCCGGCGACGAUGUCCUCCUCUCCGGUCGCAGCCGCAUGACGCCCGAGCAGUAUACGGACUGGGCCAUUCAGCAGAACGUCAACAAGGACCUCGACGAGUAUCCCUCGCUCGACCCGGCCGUCCAGCUCGACAUCCAGAUGAAGUACCGCCUGCUCCACGAACGCGUCAAGGACGCCGGGCUCUACGACUGCCCCUACCUCGACUACGGCAAGGAGAUGUGCCGUUACUCGACCCUGUUCGCCUGCUUCCUCGUCGCCCUGCGCUGCGAGUGGUUCAUCACGUCGGCCUGCUUCCUCGGCCUCUUCUGGCACCAGCUCAUGUUCACCGCCCACGAUGCAGGCCACGGCGCCAUCACCCACAACUUCACCUUUGACACCCUCAUCGGCCUCUUCAUCGCCGACUUCUGCUGCGGCCUGUCCAUGGGAUGGUGGAAGAGCAGCCACAACGUACACCAUCUCAUCACCAACAUGCCCGAACAUGACCCCGAUAUCCAAAACGUCCCUCUCUUCGCGACGUGCCCCUCCUUCUUCAAGUCCAUCAAGUCUACCUACUACGACGGUUUUGUCUUCGUCUGGGACGCCGCCGCCGACGUGCUCUCCAAGUACCAGGCCUACACCUACUACCCUGUUAUGGGCGUCGCCCGUUUCAACCUCUACCUGCUCUCUUGGCUGCACGUGCUUUCCCGCCGGUCUUCGCAGCUCGGCAGCUCCAAGGCCUGGUGGAUUCGCCCGACCGAAAUCCUCUUCAUGGCGUGCUUCUGGUACAUUUUCGGCUACCGCCUGAUUCUGUGCACCCUGCCCACCUGGCCCAUUCGCGUCGCUUUCGUCCUGAUCUCGCACAUCAUCACCAUGCCCCUGCACGUUCAGAUCACCCUGUCCCACUGGGGCAUGUCGACUUCGGACCUUGGCGAGUCCGAGUCCUUCCCGCAGCGCCAGCUCCGCACCACCAUGGACGUCGACUGCCCCGCCUGGCUCGACUUCAUCCACGGCGGCCUCCAGUUCCAGGCCGUCCACCACCUCUUCCCGCGCCUCCCCCGUCAUAACCUCCGCAAAGCUCAGGUCUUUGUUAAGGAGUUUUGCAGGGACACAGAGAUCCCUUACUCCAUCUUGGGAUUCGUCAACGGAAACAAAAAGGUCAUUGGCAGGCUCGAGGAGGUUAGCGACCAGUUGCGCACCCUGCUCAACUGCCAGAAGUACAUGGCUGAGACGGGCGAGAGCGCCCUGCACUAGAGCACAGCAUGAAUGCAUUGUUCCGGCGUUAUGAUUUCGUAGAGUAGACAAAAGUUGAUUUCCUUGUUCAUUUAAAUCUCAGUCU